AUGAGCACCAAAAAGGGCAGAGGAGCCAAAGUGCUCCCAGAGGCACCAACAGAGGGAAAAAUGGAUUCUCCCAAUCUGUCCGCCAUAGAUAAAGUCAGCUUCAUGGCGGGUCUGCAGAUGACACACGGUAAUCCUCUUCACAGUACUGCUGUGGAAGAAGAUUUGAACGUGUCUGAUGAGGAGCAGAUAGUUAAAGGAACAGAAAGAGGAGGGAACAGGCCUAACACCCUUAAGGCUGUUGGCAAACAGUGGGGAGUGACUGUGAAUAGGAAAAGCACAAAAGAAGGUGAAAAGAAAGAAGUGGCGAGGAAAAAGACUACUACGCAGAAUGCUAAAACCAGGACAGAGAGGACGACUAAGAGGCGAGCAGAUAUAGAGGAGGAUAAGAAAAGCUCAGAACAAAAAAACACCUCCCAUAGGAGAGGUAAUCUUGUCCUGACAGCUUAUCAACAUUUGGCUCGGAAGAAGCCCGCCAGGAAGAGUAGUGCGGGACAGGUGUCUGCAGAAAGACCUGUAAAACGUAGGCAGGCGGAGAAAGGCAAAAGGACAGAGAAGGAAUCAGACACUGGAAGGAGCGCUGGUGGUCAGUCAGAGGAGGAAAGUGACUCUGGAACAGAUCAGCAGAGGCGCAGCAGAUUCCUGUGCUCUGAUAAGGAGACCGAUGAAGACACCAGCUGGAACCCAAGUCCAAAGAAGGCCAAGAUGCCAAGAUUUGGCAGGACUCCAAAGUAUUUGUCUGAUGGGUCCAAAUCUAGAAAGUCCUCAUCAGGCAGUGCUUCCGGGGAACCUAAAAAAGCUGAUGCUGCUAAAGACAGAGGACGGUAUGGUGGUCGAGGAGGGACAGAGUUGGAGGUGGUGUUGGAUGCCUUUCUUGAUUUCUGUAACCAGUACAGGGAGUCUGUGGAGUCCCCAUUUCUCAAACAGUCCAUUGAUUGUUUCUCGAAUAAUGUCAAAGACCAACUCUUGGAAAAGAUCUCUUCUUAUAAGGAUACAAGGGUUCUGAAAAGAGAAAAUGCCAAGGUGGGUUCCUCAAUCAGCACAAAGACACAGAAACUGUUAAAUGCCAAGCAUGAGUUCAUGAGGGCAGAGAGGGAGGCGUGGCUGCUGCAGAAGGAGAAAGCCGACCUUGAGAACAGAUUAGCUGAUCUGAGAAGAGGCCAGGCCUUCCUCUGUGACAUCAGAGAGCUCAGCAUCAAAUACUUGGACCACCGGCGCAAGAACACCACUGAGAAAGAGAUGUAUGGGGCGUCCAGCUUACCAGCUCUGCUGAUGGAGACAAUGCUUCAGCAGAGAAGGACCAAUGACCAAUGA